CUAGCACCACCUGACUGCCGUCCAUGGAUUUACAGACACAACAAGUACAGACACACACGGGAAGAAAGGAAUAGGGCGGCGUUAGUAACAUUUCGCUACUUCAGACUACAAGACAACAGUUAGACAAGUAUUGAGCGGAAGUGUGUGGUGUGCGGACGUUCUCAUAAUGGAUACAGAACUUUCUAAAACUGCUGACAACUGUGGUGAUCACUCCACUAGUGAACAGGGCAUGGAAAAAACCCAGCAGUCCUUGGAACCCAGUGAGAAACCUGACGAUAAACAGUCAAAAUCAGUGCAGGCUGCUAGCAAUGAGAGCCUGGAAAAGAUGCCUGCCACAUUGGUUGAAGCACCUGGAGAAGAGGUAAAUCCAAAACAAAAAGGACAGAAGAAGAAACCCAGAAAUCCAUUUAUGCCCCAGGUUGCUGCAAAGAACAAAAGAACAGAGGAGAAGAAUGGAGACAAAAAUGGAGACAGUGGCAGUGACCUUGCAGAGACUAAAAGCCACAAGAAGUCCCUCAUGGAAUGGCUGGAUGAGUUCCGUUUAAGUGAAACUCAGAGAGAGGAUGAUGAGGAUCUUGAUGGCCUCAUGGAUUGGUGGAACACUGUGGAACAAUGGGAAGACAUGCCCAAAAGUGACAAUAUGACAGAGAAAGAAGAAGCCAAGGCUUUUGCUGUAACAGCUGAAAAGGUGCAAAAGGGCAUACGUGUGUUUAACAAACUUUUCUCAGAACGGGCAGAAGGACUGUGGCAGCAUGUGAUCGACCUGAAUGCCAUUGCUGAUGGCCUGGAUCGCUUCAACAAGAAAACCAAGAUUGCUCAGAUCACUGGUGGCUCCACCAGUGCUGUGGGAGGUGUUGCUACCAUAACUGGCCUCAUCUUAGCACCUUUCACAAUGGGAACCUCUCUGAUCGUCACUGCGGUUGGCCUGGGUGUUGCCAUGGCAGGUGGUCUUACCUCUGCAUCCGCUGGGAUAUCCAGUACCGUCAACAACUCUAUGGAUCGCAAAAAGGUAGAGCGCAUUGUGGAAGACUAUCAGGCGAAGAUGGCGGACCUUAACAAAUGCAUGAAGUUCAUCAAGCAAGGCAUUACAAACCUACGCAAGUUCAACUUAAAUAAGAUGAAGAAGAAUGCAUACAAUCGAGACUUCCCUUGUUUUGAAAAUAUCUAUGAGGAUGGCGCUAUGGCAGGCAAAGCUAUUCUAACCAGUGCCAAUGAGAUUAUGCGUGUGAUGCAGAUAGCCAAUGCGGCGGGAACCACUGCGGCGCGUGCUGUGCAGAUCGCUAGUGUAUCCACAGGGGUUCUGACGGGGCUUUUUGUCGGGAUGGAUAUCUAUUUUGUGGCCAAAGACUCCCAGGAAUUGAAAAAUGGUGCAAAGUCAGAAUUUGCUGCCAAGAUUAGAGAGGUGGCAGAUCAGCUACAUGAGGGCUUGAUGGAACUUAACAUAAUCCGAGAUGAGUUGCGGUUGACCACCACUCUAAAAGAAGACAAACCUUCUUGACCUACCUCUGUAAACAUUCCUCUGAGUUUAUUAUUACAUUCACACUAGAUUAUAGAAAAUUGUAUGGUUACUCUCAACCUAUACUGCACUUUCCAUAUUAGACAUAAGAGGAAAUUAGGGGUCUUAACUUGUUUUUAUGACUUUGUUUCCACUGCUUGUUAGGGUAUGAUUGCUGCAUUUGUAAUGCUAAAAGUCAAGAGUAUAUAUAUAUAUAUAUAUAUAUAUUAAUUCUUUUAAUAUACACAGUAAACCUAUUAUGUAAACACAAACCUUUAUUUUGGAUGUGAUUAAUUAUUUGACAGCCCUGUUUGUCUUCCUUUUUGUUUACCUGAUAAGGAAUACUAGUUGCUUCAUUAUUUAUUACAUUUUAUUACUUUCAAAUUUGCCAUUGCCAAAUAUCUAUGAUUCACUGAUGCCUGUCUGUCUGUACACAUUAAGGCCAACAUUUUUGAUUAUUGACUGAAAUAAUGCAUUUUUCAUACAUUGAAUAGCUACUGUAACGGAUUGUGCUUAUUUCAUUUUGUAUUUAAAAUGAAUUAUGAGGGUUUUCUAAAAAGGUUUUCAAGGCAGUUUUAAAGUUACCUUUAUGUAACAAAAAAUAUAACAUUUGUUAUAUUAAAAGUCAAUUCCUGUCUGAAGAAA